AUGCCGAUGGGCAACCGCUUCCCUGGCCUCAAGGGCGUUGGAGUUCAUUGCGAGUUCUAUGACCAGGAUGGCCGCAAGAACUUCGCGAGACAUGAGCUGAACGAUCGUAACCAGGUGGUCACCAGGAAUCAGUAUCGCGACGGUAUCUUACAAGGUGGUCUCCAACAAGGCAUUGCGGGAGAGGUGGAGAACAACCGCUGGAACAAGAUCGGUGCCGAUACGUUCUUUCUCGAGCUGCACCACGCCGUGGGUGACGUGGACGAGGGUUGGCGAGAACACUGCAGGCUGGAUGCGGAUGCUGGUGCUGCUGCCUCCGCUAACCCAGACGCCGUCGUCGAAGGCGAGGAGGACAAGCGAUCCUACGCCUACCACUACGGCCGGUACUUGGAAAAGCACCACAGCGAGUUGUUCAGCAACUACAACGUCUACUCCCAGGCCAAGCGCGCCAAGACCAAGAUGGACAUGCACGGCUUGUUCGAAGCAUACGAGAACUACGUGGACCAACACUGUGUAUUCAGCCACCCUUCGCUCGACCAUGGCACCAUUCUCGCCAUCGACGAUUGGGUCCUCACGAAGCUGUGCGACCAACUCAAGAACGAGAACCUGAGGCCUUACGUGAUGAUGGUGCUUCGCUUGGCCAUCCCGACGGACGACGGGGUCGACUGGGUGCUGAAGUCACGUCAGGACGCUCUGAAGAGGGUGCCGUACCUGCUCUCACAGAUGAAGGAAUCCAAAGUAUUUCAGCCGUCCCUGGCUCCACUUCCGCCGGCACCAGUCGCCAAGGCAGCGCCGAAGAAGCGCGCUAAGAAGGGGGCCGCUGCCAAACCUGGCGUCGUCGCCGAGCCUAAGCCCGAGGUCUUCAGCGUCGCGACGGAGGGGGGGGCCACGGUGUUCCUCGAUGACGCUCGCAAUGCAAUUCAAUACACUCUGCAGGGCGUUGAUCCUUCUAAGAUCCAGGAGCAGGAUAAGUUCGUCGACAAGAUGAUGAUGACCUGCGUUGAGUUCGGCGUGGCUGGCAAAGUGCAGAUCGAUACGGAGAAGGGCGGGAAGCAAACCAAAACAUCCAUGACUACUUGGUCCUCCUUGAGGAAGUACGUCAAGAAGCAACUCGUGGACGCGCUCGGGAUUCACGGCAUGGCCCACGUAUCCGCCGACCCCGACAACGCCCCAACGGCGGACUACCAGCAGGAGAGAAGCACAGAGUCGCAAGAUGUGACCAUCGACCCAUCAAAUCCAGUCAGCAGCAUGGAGCAACUCCUGCAGGCAGACAAGAAGCUCCUCGAUCGUUUGAAGUCUCUCGUUGACAAGCUUUCCAAGCCGACAUCCUUGGUCGUCAUGCGCCGCACAUCGCCUCAGGUGACCUCGGCCGUCGGCAAGUUCUGGGAUGUGUUCAUGUCACCAGAGACGCACGCUGCUAUGACGUCAGCCGCGUCGGUGUCACGUUCGUCGCUUGCAGCAUGCAUCGUGGAGAUCAUCGAGAAGGAUUGCAUGCCGCUCUGCUUUGAUCACGCUUUGAUGAAGCUAUCGCUCAGCGCCUACACCGUCGAUGAGGAGAAACACCAGACCGAGCUCAGCCUGAACCCCGAUGCUAAGAGUGUCAUCGACAUUAUCGGGAAGGUCUUGGCCAUAGAGCGAAUUGGAAAUCCAACAGAAACGUUCAUGAGUUACCGUGCGCAGUUCAUGUGCAUGCUGUUGGAGGAGGGUGCCAACGUCUUCCAGGCUGCUGUUGCCCAGUCGGAUUCGGACCCUGAGGCUCGGCAGAGCAUGUGCGAGUGGGCCGUCAUCUUCGAAAAUGCGAAGUCGACCGUCGCCAAAUGCAUUGCUGAGAUUGCUGCGAAUGAUGCUCAGUGUCACGACGGCGUGAUGUGGACUCGACUGUGGACAUCUAUCGUUUCCGUAUCAGCAUUGGUCGCAGUUGACGCUUGCAUGUGCGACGGUGAGUCGGUCUGGGCUGCUGGUUCGAAAAUGGAGCAGGAAAUCAUUCAGCUGUUGUCCAACAUGCCCAAGGACAAGGCCGCCGAGCAGUACAACACUCUGAAGCUUAAGUAUGAUGAAGCACAGAAGUUACCCACAGAGUACGACCAGCCCUCCAUGGUCAAGUUGAUGAUUGAUGAUCGCAGGGCUACACUGGAGAGGGAGACGACUGACGCCAUCAAGAGUGCCUACGCAGUGCCGGUGCCUGAGGACGAGCAGGAAG